GUCCCGCACAACAAGAUCUCGCGCUUUCUCCCGCUUUUUUGACUUUUCCGUCAUUUUACACACACACAUAGAGCCAGUAGCCACCAAGCGGCGACAGAGUGUUUGUUAUAAAAGCACUUGCCUUGAGUUAACUGAUAUACAAACGUCCUGGAGGACAAUGGAACGAAGGGAAGAACAACUAUCAUAUUAAAUAAAAUAUUUAAGCUAACGGGGUCAUAAAAUUAUAGAUUUUUUAAUUUAUAAUUAUUUUAAUUAAUUUAUAAUUGUUUUAGGUAGUUUUGUAUAUUUAUGUUGUUUGUUUUUUGCGUGGUUUGCCAGUCAAACUUUUUUUCUGAACCCACAGCGUGACGUUUACAUGUUGCCAUGACAACAAAGAAUAAAUCCGACCCAAACUCUUGAGUUAGUUCACCUGCAACAGCAUGAAAACAACAGGACAGAAAACUGCCUGACAGGGAAAGGAAAGCAUGGGUAAACUACACAAAGGACUGUAUGUGUCUCAGGGAUGUGCUUCAUCCAUUCCUACCAAGUACCAGACAGUCAUCAUCAGAAAUGAAGAGAAGAAAGGCUUUUCCUCUCAGACAAAGAGGCUUCAGGAUCACCUGAAUGAGAACCCAGGGCCUGGUUCAUAUAUCUCACAUGCAUCUGUUGAAGGAUCGAGUCCUUCAUUCUCUAAGAGAGGAACAGGCAGCUUUGCGUCAAAAGCUGGUCGUGUGCCCCAUAGCUUUCCGAGGUUAAGCCCAGGACCUGAUGCUUAUAAUCUCCAGACGUCUCUGCUUCACAAGCAUGAUUUUAACAGAGGAGAAUCCAGAACGUUCCGUCUGCCUCUUGCAGUAAAGAGGGAAACGCAAAAAAGUGAACAUCCUGCUCCAAAUCAGUAUGAUGUGUCUUAUAGUGUCGUGGACAGAAAUUCAACUGUUUCAGCUCGCUGUGCAUUUCGCUCCAGAACCAGACGUAGUGCCAGUGUCUCGGACAACUUUAAAGGACCGUCUCCCUGCCACUAUAAAGUGAGUGAUGUUAUGAUCCAGAAGACUCCUCAAGUUCCUGUCUCCUGUUUUAAAUCCACCACUGCCCGGAUCCAGCCACCGGUGAGAAACAACAUCCCCGGUCCCGGGACCUACGACCCAUAUCAGCCGCCAGAACCCGUGAAGAGAACCGUUCUGCCAAGGAGACACUACUUGGGAUUAUCAGCGCCACCUCUGAUACCCGCCAAAGACCCACCCUUCCCCGGCCCGGGACACUAUGACAUAGUGAACGACAAUCGUCCAGCCAAACAGCUUGUGUCCAGCGCUGCCUUCCUGUCUGGGACAAGCAGGUGGAUACAGGAGGCCAAAGGACAGGACAUACCUGGUCCAGGUUUCUAUGAACCCACGGUCCUUUCAAAGACAUCAUUUUUGUAUAAUCCUGCAAAAAUGUGGAUACCAGCUUAAACUUUUAAAUAAGUUUUAGUAAAGAUUUACCUAUA